AUGAACUCGCUGGUGGUGUUGCUUUCCGUGAUGGCGCUCGCCGCCGCCUCACCCUCAGGCCUCGUUUAUGGACCAGGAGUGAUCAGCUACUCAGCUCCCGUCGUUGGUGUGGCGCCUGCUGCCGUAUCACACCAAUCUCGGGUGGACAUCAAGUCAACACCGGCAGUCAUCUCUGACACCAUUACCCCAGUGGCCCGCGCUGUUGUCGCUGAACCAGCUGUGGUCGCCCCAGCCGCGUACGCUGCUCCAGUAGCGUACUCUGCCCCCGCUGCUUUCGCCGCCCCCGCUGCUUUCGCUGCCCCAGUUGCAGUCGCUCCAGCAGCAGUCUCAAGCCAAUCCAGAGUUGACAUUAAGUCAUCCCCAGCUAUCAUUAACACGGUCGCCACCGCUCCCUUCGGUUUUGCUACACCCUGGGCGUACAACACUCCUUUCCCAUCUGUCUACGCUCCAUCCGCUGUAGCUGCUGUAGCCCCAAUCUUCAGAACCGCUGCGAUCGGGCCUGUGGCAGUAGCCGCUCCCGCUGUUGCUCCCGUUGCACCAGCCGAUCUUCCCGUUGCUCCCACUGAAACUCCUGAGGUUGCUGUAGCUCGUGCGGCUCACUUAGAAGCAAAAGCUCAAGAAGAAUCACACUCCAUCCAAAAACGUUCAGCACAAUUCGUCGCCGCCCCAGUGAUCUCCCCAUACGCCUCUCACGUGGUAUCUGCAUAUGCUUCGUCUCCCGUUGUCUAUUCUGCCCCCUUGACCCAUGUUCAAUCUUACGGCGUACCAGCUCCUUACAUCACGAGAGUGCUGUGA